UAUAUCAUGGCCGACGACAAGAAGACCUCACUGCGGAAUAUUGACAGUGUUCUACAACUACUGGGAACAUUGGGUCGCUAUCAGCUGUUUCAAGCUACCCUGCUAGGUAUUGGAAACCUUUCAAUUUGUUUCCACCUCCUCAACUUCGUCUUUAUAGCUCAGCCCGUGAAACAACAAUGUGCUGUGGCGCCGCUUUAUGGCCACGACACCAACACCGACUACGGCAAAUGUGACGUGUUAGCACGGAACACCACCACCAAUGACACGUCAACACGUGCAUGCAGUAACUGGACAUAUGAUGUGCCGAAAGAUCAUUCCAUUGUGUCGGAAUGGGAUCUUGUCUGUGGGAAUGUCUACCUCGGUCGCCUCCCGCAGUCACUCUUCAUCGUAGGACAAGGAGUUGGCGCAGCCACGGUUUCGGUGAUGUCGGACAAAUUCGGGAGGAAGCCUUUCCUUGUCAUGUCACACGUGUUGACGGCCGGUGCAGGUCUUGCUUUAGCGUUCGCUCCUAAUAUUGCAGCUUUUUCUGGUCUGAGGUUGGUGAAUGGAAUGUUCCAACAGGGCAUUGUUGUGACAACAUUCACAAUGAUUAUGGAGGAGUUCCCGAUGAACCGGCGGGUAGAAGUAUCGACAGUGUUAGCUUUGGUGUGGAGUUUCUGCACAAUACUCCUCACAGGGACCGCCUACUUGUUUCGUGAUAUGGACUGGAGAACUCUGCAGCUCUGUUUCGUGUCGGUGUCCAUCAGUGUCCUUCUUCAAAUCUUCUUUCUGGGAGAGUCCCUGCGAUGGCUGAUUACAAACAAGAAGGCCAAGAAGGCCUUGUCGACAUUCAACAGAGCAGCCAAGAUCAACAACAUCGACGUGUCAAAUGUAGCAUUACCCGGUAUUGGAACUGAACAAGCACCUGUUGAAUUGACCCGUACGGGCAGCAAAUAUGUGGAACUACCAUCAGAGAAGUCGACAGAAGUCGUGAAAUACAACUGCCUUGAUUUGGUGCGGACCAAGUUUAUGCUGAAGAUAAGUGGUGUUGUAUGGUUCUCCUGGUUGGUUGACAGCUUGACGUACUUCAGCCUCUAUCUGACAUCUUCAUCCCUGCAUGAUGACUUCUACUUAAACUUCUUCCUCAACUCUCUGGCUGAAGUACCAGCAGGGCCACUCUACUGGUAUGUCGGAAGAAGAUGGGGAAGAAGAAUCUUCUUCAUGAGUUUCCAUACUCUCGCUGGGAUAUGUCUUCUCAUCGCUACAGUAGUUAAAGACUUGGCUGUCGGCCCAGUCGCACUGACAUCAGCUACUAUCUUGGCCUUUAUUGGAAAAGUCGGCAACGCCGCAUGUUUUAACGGGAUGUUUUCGUACGCACCGGAGAUCUACCCAACGAAUCUCAGAUCUGUUGGCAUGGGAUCGGGAUCGACAGCUGCCAGGGUUGGAGGAAUGAUCGCACCUUUUGUAUCUCUGCUUGCAGAACAAAUACCCUGGGCCCCUGGGACAAUUUUCGGGAUAGCGUGUCUGGUAACAGCUGCACUCAAUUAUCAGCUCCCAGAACCAGAGGGACGAGAACUUCCCCAGACAAUAGAGGACGUCAAGGCAUGGGAUAAAACUCCUGCAAGAGGUUAACACUACCCCGGAAAAUCAAUGCGUUUUCAAAUAUUUUAUCUCUAACGAGAAUAGUGUAAACAUCGUCAAAGGAUCACCAGCAUGAACAAUAUUCAGACAUACACAGUGUUAUUCAAUUACUAGUUUCCGAUGAAAUGUGAUAAAUGACAUCGGUAGUCAAAAGGAAAUGUAUACCUAAACCGACAUGUACCCACAAGUAUAUCAGUUAUGGUUACAACGUUAUAGUCUGUUCCUCAAAGCAGCCUUCAACUAAAAAAUGGGGACAUUUCUGAGGGAAAAGGAACGAAUUCAAUAUGACAUUUUAUGUUUGCUUCAACAAGUGUAUUAAGCGUAAAGUUUGUUCCGCUUAACGCAAAUAUGAUUUUCUCCUCUUAUAUUAAUAUUCACUGUAGAUGAUGAUUAUGUCGAUGUUAUGUGUAUUUUCGCAUUUCCAAGGCUUUUUUUCCAUCUAUCUGCCUCUCUGUAUGUCUCUGUCUGUCUGAAUAUUUUCUUAUUUUUUUCUCCAACGUUUUUUGUUGUGAAGAAUUAAGAAAUAUACUUUUAUGUCAAUU